UAGCAACAAUGAGGUUAGUACAUUUAUGGGUCAAUUAUAAGUAAGGCAUGAUGAUGAGUAAGACUAAGGUGAAGAAGUCUUAGCCAUGGCCAGGCUGAUCAGCUCCCUCUCCUGCAUCUUGAUUCCAACAAUACUUCUCUUCCCAACAAUCUGUCUCAGCAAAACCCAGAACCCAGAAAGCCAAGCAGCAGAAGCAUCAGCAGCCUUGUUCAUAUUUGGAGACUCUUUCUUUGAUUCUGGAAACAACAAUUACAUCAACACCACAACACUGGACCAAGCAAAUUUCUGGCCUUAUGGAGAGACCUACUUCAAGUUCCCAACAGGGAGAUUCUCUGAUGGCCGUCUUAUAUCAGACUUUAUUGCACAAUAUGCAAAGCUGCCCAUAAUUCCUCCCUUUCUCCAACCGGGUGUUCAUCAAUUUUACUAUGGAGUGAACUUUGCAUCUGCUGGAGCAGGAGCUCUUGUCGAAACGUUUCAAGGGGCGGUAAUCGAUCUCAAAACACAGCUAAAGUACUAUAACAAGGUAGUGAUUUGGUUGAGACACAAGCUGGGCAAUUUUGAAGCAAAGAUGAGACUAUCAAGAGCUGUGUAUUUGUUUAGCAUUGGGAGCAACGAUUACAUGAGCCCGUUCUUGACUAAUUCUACUAUACUAGACUCCUACUCUGAAUCAGAAUAUGUCGGUAUGGUGAUUGGCAACUUGACAACCGUUAUCAAAAAAAUAUAUAGUAGAGGAGGCAGGAAAUUCGGGUUUCUCAACUUGCCACCAUUGGGUUGUUUUCCAGGCCUCAGAGUACUCAAACCAGAUAAGAAUGGUAGCUGCUUAGAGAAAGUUUCAAUGCUAGCAAAGUUACAUAACAGAGCUCUCUCCAAACUUCUUGUAAAAUUAGAAAACCAGUUACUUGGAUUCAAGUACUCAUACUAUGACUUCAACAGCAAUCUCAAACAAAGGAUGAAUCGCCCCGCUAAAUAUGGUUUCAAGGAAGGCAAAACAGCAUGCUGUGGGACGGGCCAGUUUCGGGGAGUAUUCAGCUGUGGAGGAAGAAGAAUAGUGAAGGAAUUUCAGUUGUGUGAGAACCCAAGUGAAUAUGUAUUAUGGGACUCUUUCCAUCUCACUGAGAAGCUAUACAAGCAAUUAGCUGAUGAAAUGUGGAGUGGAUCUCCCAACUCUGAUGUUGUUAGGCCUUACAGUCUCAAAAACCUAUUCUUCCCAAGAGUAUAGCUUUUUCAAUUUUUAUGGCUACUGCUAUAGAAAUUGGAAUAAAACAAGAAAGAGAAGCAAUUUCACUGAUUUUUUUUCCUGCUAAUAAAUCAAUGAAACCCAAUUUC